UAGGGGGCGGAGGAGCCGCCAUUACGGCUGAGGCGCUGACGGCAGCGGAGUCUUCUGAAGCGGCGGAGGUCCCGAAGGCGCCAUGAGAUUCCUCCCGCGGCUGCUCCUGCUCGCUCUGCUGGUCCUUCCCGCCACCCUGCUCCUCGGGGGCGGCGCCGGAGGGUCACUAGCAGUGGCCCAAGAUGCUACAGAAGAUGAAGAAGCAGUAGAAGAUACGGUGGUUGAAGAUGAGGAUGAUGAAGCAGAGGUUGAAGAAGAUGAACCCACAGAUUUGACGGAAGAUAAAGAGGAAGAAGAUCUCUCUGGUGAACCUAAAGCCUCACCAAAUGCUGAUACAACUAUCUUGUUUGUAAAAGGAGAAGAUUUUCCUGCAAACAACAUUGUGAAGUUCCUAGUGGGUUUCACAAACAAGGGUUCCGAAGACUUUGUGGUGGAAUCCCUGGAUGCCUCUUUUCGCUACCCUCAGGAUUACCAAUUUUUUAUCCAGAAUUUUACAGCUCUUCCUCUCAACACUGUGGUGCCACCCCAGAAGCAAGCUACAUUUGAGUACUCUUUCAUCCCUGCGGAGCCAAUGGGUGGACGCCCAUUUGGUUUAGUUAUCAAUCUGAACUACAAGGAUGUGAAUGGGAAUGUUUUCCAAGAUGCUGUCUUCAAUCAAACAGUCACCAUUGUUGAAAAAGAGGAUGGGUUGGAUGGAGAAACGAUCUUCAUGUACAUGUUCCUUGCUGGACUUGGGUUACUUGUCAUUGUUGGUCUGCAUCAACUUCUAGAAUCUAGGAAGAGGAAGAGGCCAGUACAGAAAGUAGAAAUGGGUACCUCAAAUCAGAACGAUGUUGAUAUGAGCUGGAUUCCUCAGGAAACUUUAAAUCAAAUCAUGCACAGUAGAAGAGAUAAAGCUUCACCGAGACGGUUGCCCCGGAAAAGAGUACAGAAAAGAGCGGUGGGCUCAGAUGAGUAAAUCCUAAUUUGUGCAGCAAUUCAACCUUUACUAAACUUGUCCUCGUUUUUUGGGCCUGAUGGGAAUUUGUGCAGAGAAGCCAUAUCCACAUAUGAGGAAACUACAACUUCAAACAAAGUUCAAACUACAAACUACAAGAACUACAAGUUCAAACAACGUUUGCACUGAGCAAUCAGAAUCUGUGACGUUAACAUUGCUGUAAACGCACUGCAUUUCUUUUUGUAAAGAAACAAAUUUGGGUUUUUUAAACCUUGAGAUAUGUGGAUGUGUAAGCGAUGGGUCUUAACAGGAUCAUUGGUAUGCUACCUAAAAUGUGCCUUUGGAGUACUAAAGUUUCUGAUUUGUUUUUCCGGAAAACUUAAUGAGAUGGUAUAAGAAGUUUCUCCUGAUGGUAUAAGAAGUUUUUCCUUUUAUUGUCAGAAGUUAUGCAACAAAAUAAACCAUCAGCUCUUCUAUUUGAAUAGUUCCCAUAGUUCCUAAUUUAGUAACAGUGGCACAAGUUUUCUAGGUUUUUUGGUCUUUUUUUUUUUUAAACACUGUGUAGCUAGGCCAAGGAAGGAAACUGCUUUUAGCAAUAUAAUAUUUUGGGGGUUUUUUUGCUGUUGUUUACUGUAAUGUGUGUAUUGAGAAAACUUCUUUAUCCUGGUCACAUGAGUUAGCAUGGAUAUGGGAUUUCUCCAGCAAUAAAUUUGUGAAGCAUGACAAUUUCUCCUGAAAUUGGUAUAUAAGGAAUAAUUUUUUUUAAGCAAGUGGAGAAAAUAGCACAGUAAUGUGUGCUGGAUCAUUUUGUCUGCCUUAGUUAUGUUGCCUGUGACCAGAGAAAUAGCUGUUGAAAGAUUUUUAGGCCUCUUCAGUAUUUAUAAAUAUGGGAAGAUUUUUCCCUGAAAAAACUCUCUCAUGUGGAAAUUGCAUUAUGUGUAACUGAACACUUGAGAGAGUUUCCCAAACUGUAUUUUGAACAGGGGCUCAAACUGCAGUACGAAGAAAAACACUUGAGAUUUCUUUCCAACUAGUGUCAUAAAUGUGAAUGAGUACCAGCAAACUGUUUAGGGUUCUUUUUGUUUAGUUUCUUUUUUUGUUUGCUUAUGAAGAGCAAGUUCCCUGUCCCCGCUUCUGUCCCCCUCCUCUCCUGGCAUAUCUUAUAGGUAGUUUUUUUUAGGUGUACUUUAAUUUUACCUGCAAAAUCUUUGUAGUAAAAAAUACUUGCUAAUGUACUGGAAAUUUAACUCUGACAUGUUGGGCCUCAAUUUGUUUUUUUGUUUUUUUAAUUCGGCCUUAGUUCUUUGAACAUAACAGGCACGGGUGCUUUACUCCAUGGCCUGGUUUGAAGGUCAUUUGUUUCUUGUCACUACGGCUGUUGGGAUUGACUGAAUAAAGGCUGAAGCUAAAGGAAGAAAAUGA